AUGAUGAAAUUGCUAAUAAUUAAAUUAUUUAUAAUUUUUUCAAUACUUUUUACAAAUUUUACUUCAGCUGAAAUAAAAAUAGUUAGUCCAUCAUCAAAGUACUAUUUUGUAUCUGGAGGAAAUAAUUCAGUAAUAUGGACGUUUGAUAAAACUAUUGAUCCAAAAGUAUUUUCUGCAUAUUUAAAUAAUCCCGACAUUGCAAGCUUGAAAGAUUUUGCAAUUUUAAGCGCAACUGAUAUAGCACUUGGGACAGCCGAUGUCUCAAUCCCGUCUAGCCUAAUUAAUACUGGAUUUGUUAUAAAAUUUACGAAUAUUUACAAUAUUAGUGAUAUAUAUGCAACCUCUGAACCAUUUGAAAUAAAACCAGCUGGAUCAACUCCCAUUACAUACGUACCACCAGUACCCACUGCCUCCCCAUCAUCAACGAGUGCAUCUAAAUCCUCAUUAGAAUCUUUAUUCAGCAAUAGAUUUUUAAUCAUUAGUGCUAUCAGAAGAGAUUAUCCAUUAGGUUAUAAUUACUUUAAACCAAAAUUGAAGUCUGCUUUUAUUAAGAAAAGUGAAUUAACCGAUCCAUCAAAAAUACAAGAAGCAAUUAAUCACGGAGAAUAUGUUUUAAAAGAAAUUCGAUAUCCUCAAGAAUUGGAAAACAAAUAUAGAGUAACAGCGAAAGUACUUGGCACAGGUUCUUUUGCUGUUGUAAAAGAAUGUGUAGAAAAAAAAACUAAUGAAAGCUAUGCAUUGAAAAUACUCACAAAGAAAGUAUUAAAAGGAAAGGAAAAAAUUCUUUCUACUGAACUUGAUAUACUAAAAAAAGUUCAUCAUCCGUAUGUAGUCUCUCUGCAUGAUUUAUACGAAUCUAAAGAGGGAGUAUUUAUUGUAACAGAUUUAGCAUCUGGUGGAGAAUUAUUUAGUCAAUUAUUACUUAAAGGUUCAUAUACCGAAAAAGAUGCAGCAGAUUUGGCUAGAAAAUUACUUGAAGGUGUUGCAUAUUUACAUGAUUUGGGAAUUGUCCACAGGGAUUUAAAACCUGAAAAUUUAUUAUUUAAAGAUACAUCAGAAGAUGCUGAUAUUCUGAUAACAGACUUUGGUUUAUCGAAAAUUCUAACAAGUACAGAAGAUGUAUUGUUUACUGCGUGUGGAACACCUGAUUAUGUCGCACCAGAAGUUUUGUUACAAGUUGGACAUAAUAAACCUGUUGAUGUUUGGAGUAUAGGUGUGAUACUUUAUGUAAUGUUAUGUGGUUAUACACCAUUCUGGGGCGAAAAUCAAGCUGAAUUGUUUGAAUCUAUUAUGUCGGGCGAAUAUGAUUUUGAAGAAGAAUAUUGGUCAGAAAUAUCAGACUCUGCAAUGGAUUUAAUAGAAAAAAUGUUAACACAUGACCCUUCUAAGAGAAUAACGGCUAAAGAAGCAUGUAAACAUCCUUGGUUUGAAUCAGCCAAAAAAGUUGAUAUUCUUGAAAAAGUUAAAAGUAAUUUUUCAGCCAAGGAAAGAUUCAAAAAAGCAGUUCAUAUUGUACGAGGAGUUAACAGAUUGCGUAAAUCUGCAAGUUCAACCACGAUUGAUAAUGUUAAUAAUAGUCAUGAACUUGUUGACAAAAAAGAAAAUAUAUCAACCAUCUCCAUAGAACUCCAACAAGAAGAGAACAAACAUGUUGAAGAGGGAAGCGAAGUAGAGAAGGAACAAAAAGAUGAUGAUGGCAACAAUAUUAAUAAUGAUGAAAUUAAAAAAGAAAAUAUUGUAGAAAAUGCUCCAAAACCCUAA